AUGCCUCAUCAUCACCAUCAUGGCGAUGACCAUGGCUGCCACGGUGAAGCGGGCCAUGAUCACAGCAAUGAUAUCACCCCCGCCCUGCAGUCUCUCCUCUACAAGCAGGUUGACUUCGACAAGAUCGUGACCAUGAACGAAUCUGAGCCGAAGGCUGGUGCUGCCAUAGUCAAAAAGACAUGGGAUCAACGACUAGACGAGGAGCCUCAGCUUGAAAGUGAUGCAGAUGAACAGCUGCUCAUGCAUGUUCCAAACAGACCCGACAUGGACUUCUCCACUGCUUCGGACCUUGCACCUACUCAGACCAUUUCUGUCCCUCAAUCCCUGACCGGUUCUCAGGCAGAUGUGAUAGAAAUGCCACUGAACAGAGCACUCUGGAACGGAACCACCUCAAUCACGCUGUUUUUUGAAGAUAACUGGAGUCACGGUGAGGAGGACGUUACGAAAGUUGGAUAUGUGGGCUUCAAGGGUGAUUUUUUGGCUUUGAAUAAGGAGCCUAUUACUUUCCUGUACGAAGCUGCUGCGAACCCGAAGGAUCAUACUGUGAUCCAGGGGGUUGAUGGAGUUGGCAAGACCAUCGGAACUGGAAAGUGA